AGACACAUGUGAGCGUUGUGAGAAUGUCUGUGGGUUGGUGCGAGGCUCGGCUUCUCAAUGACUUUGACAGCAGUUGUCGAGAUUUCUCAGUUGAACAUACGAACGACUGCAGGGGUUUUUUUUUCUUGCAGACCUCUACCGAGACACAGAAUACUACCAGAAGACAACUCUUAAAAUCUGCUGCCUGAAACAACCGAAAUCAAGACUUGAGUUAAACAUUAACACAUCUGCUUUUUACACGGAUUCAGUAAAUCUUUGACAGAUUAACAUCUUUUCAGCGCACAAGGAGGUCUUAAGGUUUGGUUUCUGCUUAAAAGCCUCAUGGCUCAAAGCCCCUGAGGUUCACAUCCUGCAAUUGUCUCUGGAGUGUGAGUGGACGAGGGAGAGAGAGAGGGAGUCGACUUCGGCAGCAGUAAAAGCAGAAGGCAACAAGCGUUGUCUUGUUGUCUUUUUCAUCAUAAGGGCGACUGAAGCCACCAGAGUGGACCAUGUGUGCUGCAGCCCUGGAGGAGUACUGCGGGUCAGUCUUCUGGAAUGCUUCGUUUCUGGAUAGAGAAGACCCUGACUUACCAGUAUGUGUAGAACAGACGGUGCUGGUCUGGAUCCCCCUGGGCUUCCUGUGGCUUUGUGUCCCGCGACACCUGGUGUCUCUCUGCAGGAGGACAAAAGCAAAAACGAAACACAUGUCCAAACUCUACUUCUGUAAACAGCUUGUGGCCUCUCUCUUAUUCCUGACGGCCAUAGCAUCCUUAGGAGUCACAUUAGGAGAGGACUUUGGUCCAGACCGAGACACAUCUUCAACUGUGAAAAAUGCCGGUGUAUACUACGCUAACCCUGUCCUGUAUGCUGUCACAUGGAUCCUUGUGCUGUUGUGCCAGGAAGUAGUGAGACGACGGGAAGGAGCCGUAGACUCGGCCACUCUCUUCACCUUCUGGCUUCUCCUUGUUUUGUGCGAUAUCUUCCCUUUUCAAACCCUCCUACGAGAGGCACUUAAGCUGGGAACAAUCAAUGAUGUCCCCCGCUUCUGCCUUUUCUACAUCACCUAUGGGCUGGAAUUGAUUGCGUUGAUCCUCUCUGUUGUGGCUGAUAUUCCACCUGAGGAUGAGGAGCGUGUAAAAAAGAAUCCUGAGGCAGGGGCAACGUUUUUGAGCAGAAUCACAUUCAACUGGUUUCACAGUAUGGUGGUGAAGGGUUACAAGCGGCCCCUGGUUCAGGAGGACAUGUGGGAGCUCAGUGCGAAGGAUAGCACUUCAUAUCUCAACGAGCACUUUCAGCAUUUCAUGAAUUUGGAGUUAGGCGAAGCUCGGGUCAGAUAUCAAGAGAAGUUGAAGAAGAAACGGGUAAAGAACAGAGACAAAGUGCAUGGAGAGAGCUUUCAGAAUGGUCUGGGGAAAGGCGUGAGCCAGGAUGUGCUGAUGAUGGAAAACAAGCAGAUGGAAAAAAGAAGAAAAAGGACAAGAAGAAGGAGGAAAAACAACUAUCCCAACGCAUGGCUGAUUACCACCAUAUACAAGACCUUUAAAUGGAUUCUGAUUGAAUCUGCCUUCUUCAAACUCCUGCAGGACCUGUUGGCUUUUGCGAGUCCUCAACUCCUAAAGUUGAUGAUCUCCUUCACUCAUGACCAAACCAGGCACACCUGGGAGGGAUAUGUGUACGCAGUGCUGCUCCUUGUGGUGGCUAUUCUGCAGUCUCUGUUCCUUCAGCAGUACUUCCAGCGCUGCUUUGUUCUAGGGAUGAAGGUCCGCACUGCCAUAAUGGCUGCCGUGUAUAAAAAGGCGUUGGUGGUGUCAAAUGACGUUCGUAAAGAGACAACAGUUGGGGAAACGGUGAACCUGAUGUCAGCUGAUGCCCAGCGAUUCAACGAUGUUACAAACUUCAUCCACCUGCUGUGGUCCUGCCCUCUGCAGAUCAUCCUAUCUAUAGUUUUCCUGUGGCUGGAGUUAGGACCCUCUGUGCUGGCAGGACUGGCGGUGAUGGUGCUCAUGGUGCCUAUUAAUGGUCUCUUAGCCACUAAGGCCAGAAAGCUCCAGGUAGAAAACAUGAAGUACAAGGACAAGAGACUGAAAAUCAUGAACGAAAUACUGAAUGGGAUAAAGAUUCUGAAGUUGUAUGCAUGGGAGCCUUCUUUCCAGACUCAAGUAGAAGACAUAAGGGGGGAAGAACUGAAGGUCAUGAAAAAAUUUGCCUACCUAACAUCGGUCUCCACAUUUGUCUUUAGCUGUGCUCCGGCUCUGGUUUCUCUCGCCACAUUUGCAGUGUUUGUAGGUGUGAGUCCAAACAACGUGUUGACAGCUGAGAAAGCCUUCACCUCCAUCUCUCUUUUUAACAUCCUCCGAUUUCCCCUGGCCAUGCUGCCCAUGCUUAUUGCUGCCAUCGUGCAGACCUCAGUGUCCAGAAAGCGUCUGGAGAAGUUUCUAGGAGGCGAUGACCUUGAAAGUGAUAUUAUUCAUCAUGACCCAAGUUUUGACACUGCUGUUAGCAUCAGUGACGGUUCAUUCGCCUGGGAAAGAGAAGCUGAGCCCCUGCUGAAAAAUGUGUCCUUGGAUAUCAAGCCAGGUCGGUUGGUAGCAGUAGUGGGAGCUGUGGGCUCAGGAAAGUCUUCACUCAUAUCAGCCCUUCUGGGAGAGAUGCACGCAACGAAAGGGUUUAUCAACAUCAAGGGGUCCCUCGCCUUUGUGCCACAGCAAGCCUGGAUCCAAAAUGCCACUCUGAAAGAUAAUAUCCUGUUUGGCUCUCCCCAUGAGGAGAGGAAGUUUGAGGAAGUGAUAGAGGUCUGCGCUCUGGGCCCUGACCUGGAGCUUCUACCUGGAGGUAUCCUGACUGAGAUCGGAGAGAAAGGCAUCAACCUCUCAGGGGGUCAGAAGCAACGUGUGAGCCUGGCUCGUGCAGCCUACAGUGAGGCUGAUAUUUAUCUGUUUGAUGACCCAUUGUCUGCUGUGGACUCUCAUGUGGGAAAACAUCUCUUUGAUAAACUGAUUGGACACAAUGGGAUACUCAAAAACAAGACUCGUAUCCUGGUAACUCAUGGAGUGAGCUUCCUGCCACACGUGGAUGAAAUAGUGGUUCUGGUGGAUGGAAAGGUCUCUGAGGUUGGAUCCUAUAAGAGCCUUCGUGCCAGCAAAGGAGCUUUCUCUGAGUUUCUAGACAUAUAUGCCAAAGAACAAAGGAAUCAGAACCAUUCAGAGUCAGAAGGUUCUAGGGACACAGCAGAUAUAGAGCUCAUCCCUGAAAGAGAUGACGCUCAGCCAGACUGUCCUUUGGAGGACACCGUAUCCGCGACCCUGAAGAGAGAAAACAGUAUCCGCCGAAGCCAACGUAACGGCAGUGUCAGGCUAAGAAAAAAUAGUUCUUUUAAAAAGCCUGAAGCUGAGUUAAAUAAAGGCCAGAAGCUUAUUGAGAAGGAAACUAUGGAAACAGGACAGGUGAAGUUCUCAGUGUACAUGCAGUACAUGCGCGCCAUGGGCUGGGGAUAUACUAUCACUGUCUUCGUGGUUUACGUCAUCCAGAACAUCGCUUUCAUCGGUCAGAACCUGUGGCUUAGUGACUGGACAAAUGAUGCAGUGGACUACUUCAACAUUACAUACCCUGACUGGAAGAGGGACACCAGGGUGGGAGUGUUUGGAGUUCUUGGAAUCGCUCAGGGCCUCUUUGUGUUCCUCGGUACUCUGCUUAUGGCCAAAGCUUCUGUCGCUGCAUCUCGUAUCCUGCAUUCACGACUGCUCAACAACAUGCUGCGAGUUCCCAUGUUUUUCUAUGACACGACGCCCAUUGGAAGAGUGGUCAACCGCUUUGCAAAGGACAUAUUCACAGUGGACGAGGCGAUUCCACAGUCCUUCCGCUCCUGGCUGAUGUGUCUGCUGGGCGUGCUGGGAACACUGUUAGUCAUCUGUCUGGCCACUCCUUUCUUCACCAUCGUCAUCAUUCCGCUGGCUGUGGUUUACUUCUUUGUACAGCGCUUCUAUGUGGCUACUUCAAGGCAGCUUCGUCGGCUGGACUCGGUGUCCCGCUCUCCCAUAUACUCACAUUUCAGUGAGACUGUGUCAGGUCUGUCAGUAAUCAGAGCCUACGGACAUCAAGAUCGUUUUCUCCAACACAAUGAAACCACUAUAGAUGAAAACCUGAAGAGUGUCUAUCCAUGGAUAGUGUCCAACAGAUGGUUGGCCAUCCGUCUGGAGUUCCUUGGAAACCUGGUGGUGUUUUUCUCCGCUCUGUUUGCUGUUAUUUCUAGAAAGUCCCUGGACAGCGGCCUUGUUGGACUUUCUAUAUCCUAUGCCCUUAAUGUGACUCAGACCCUAAACUGGCUGGUGAGGAUGACCUCAGAGCUGGAGACAAACAUCGUUGCCGUGGAGAGAGUGAGCGAAUACACAGAGCUUGAGAACGAGGCUAAGUGGGUGAGUGACACUCAACCUCCAGAGAAGUGGCCCAAAGACGGAAGAGUUACGUUUGAAGACUUCAAGGUCCGCUACAGACCUGGAUUAGACCUGGUGCUGCAUGGAAUCAGCUGUGAUAUUCAGAGCACUGAGAAGAUUGGCAUAGUCGGCCGCACAGGAGCUGGAAAAUCAAGUCUGACUAACUGCCUGUUCAGAACAAUUGAAGCCGCUGAAGGUCGUAUCCUCAUCGAUGAUAUAGAUAUUUCCACAAUAGGCCUGCAUGAUCUUCGCAACCGCCUCACUAUCAUACCACAGGAUCCGGUGUUGUUCUCCGGGACUCUGAGGAUGAACCUGGAUCCGUUCGACAGAUUCAGUGAUGACGACAUCUGGAGAGUAUUGGAGCUCUCCCAUCUGAAGGAAUACGUGACAGGGCUGCAGGAAGGAUUGCAGCAUGAAGUCGCAGAGGGGGGAGAGAACCUCAGUGUUGGGCAGAGGCAGCUGUUGUGUCUUGCCCGAGCCCUGUUGAGGAAAUCUCGCAUCUUGAUUCUUGAUGAGGCCACCGCAGCUGUUGACCUGGAGACGGAUGACCUGAUUCAGAAUACCAUACGCAAAGAGUUUUCACACUGUACCGUGCUCACGAUCGCCCAUCGUCUGCACAGCAUCAUGGACAGCUCCAGGGUGAUGGUGCUCGACGCUGGAAGAAUAGUGGAAUUUGAUUCUCCGAGCAACCUGCUUGAGAAGAAGGGCCAUUUCUUUGCUAUGGCGAAAGAUGCCGGGAUAACACAAGAUGGAAUCACAUCUCUUUGAUUUUGCACUUGUGAUUUUGAUGAUCGUCUAUACAUUUAUUUUCUUCCUUUCUUCUUGUUUUUUUCUGAUUUGAAAUUCUGGACUGUUCUUUGAAAUAAAAAUGUUUGUAAUAUUUGUAUUUAUAGAAAAUGAUGUAAAGAAAUCGUAUUCUCCAUGUGAAGGAUUUUUGUAUUUGCACAAUAAAUAUGCUUUCUCAAAUGUU